GUAAUUGAACGGAUCUUAAAGUUUAAUAAUGCAAAUUUCAACUGCCUGUGUUUUGAACUCUACAGUGAAGUUUUUCACUAGUUGGUAUGGGAUUAUUAUAAGUAGUAUACUUGUAUAUGCUUUAGCCAUUCAUAUUAAGCGUGAAAGAUUUAGAAGAAAACAUGGAACACAAGAACCUCCAAGAUUUAGAGAAGGUGGGUUUUUGGGAUUAUUUUUGGCCUAUACAUUAAUUCUGUUUAAACAAUCGGGGGAAUUACUUGAUUUUGCUGUUUCAAUUUUGGAUAGAUAUAACGGAACCCUUAGUGCCAAGUUAUUUGGACUUAGAGUUAUUGCCACUCGUGAACCAGAAAAUAUCAAGGCAAUGUUAGCUACUCAAUUCAAUGAAUUUGGCCUUGGGAGACAUUCUCAUCUUGCAACAUUGUUAGGUGAUGGUAUUUUCACGUUGGAUGGUGAUGGUUGGAAGCAUUCUCGUCAAUUGUUAAGACCUCAAUUUGCUCGUGAACAAGUUGCUCAUGUUCAAAAGCUUGAGCCCCAUGUUCAAACUUUGGCUAAACAUAUUAGAAAAUAUAAAGGUGAUAAAUUUGACAUCCAAGAAUUGUUCUUCAGAUUAACUUUAGAUACUGCUACUGAAUUUUUACUUGGUGAAUCUGUGCACUCAUUGCAUGAUGACUCAAUUGGAUUACCUGCUCGUAAGGAAGUUUUGGAAUUUGCUCGGGCAUUUGAUUUGUCUCAAAAGUAUCUUGGUUCGAGAGUUUAUUCUCAAGCAGCUUAUUUCUUAGUUGAUGGUUUUGAGUUUAGAAGAGCAAACAGGACAGUUCACAAUUGGAUUCAAACUUUUGUUACCAAGGCUUUAACUAUGACUCCUGAUGUUCUUGAAGAAAAAUCCAAAGAUGGUUACACUUUCUUGUAUGAAUUGGUUAAAUACACCAAGGACAAGAGAGUUUUACAAGAUCAAUUACUUAACAUCUUGCUCGCUGGAAGAGAUACUACUGCCGGUACUUUAUCGUUCUGUUUGUUUGAAUUAGCUAGAAAUCCUGAUGUAUGGGAAAAAUUAAAGGCGGAAAUAUAUCAAACCUUUGGUAAGGAUGAUACUUCCAAGAUUACUUUUGAAUCAUUAAAGCAAUGUGAAUAUUUGAAAUGGGUUAUUAAUGAAACUUUGAGAUUAUAUCCUUCAGUUGCUGUCAAUUUCAGAGUGCCUAAUAAGGAUACUACUUUACCAGUUGGUGGUGGUCCUGAUGGAACCGCUCCUGUCUUUGUUGCCAAAGGUACCACUGUAGCAUAUUCUUAUUACGUUACCCAUAGAAUGGAAAAGUACUUUGGUAAAGACCCAACAAGAUUCAUUCCUGAAAGAUGGGAACACCUUGAUCAAUUAGGCUGGGCUUAUUUACCUUUCAAUGGUGGUCCAAGAAUUUGUUUGGGACAACAAUUUGCUUUAACUGAAACUGGAUAUGUUCUUACUAGAUUAAUUCAAAUGUUCCCUAAUUUGGAAACAAGAGAUCACAGACAUUAUCCACCUUUGAAGAAUUGUCAAUUAACUGCAAGACAUCAAGAUGGAGUCUUUAUUUCAUUAAGUUAGCCUGGUUCUAUUCUUAGUAUUAGUAUUAUUUUUUUUUGUAUAUUGUGUUUAUCUAGUAAAUUUGAAAUCUAUGUUUGUG